AUGAGUUCUAAUCCACCACCCCCAUUGAAUAGAAAUUCUUCAGUAUCUUCAAAAAAUGGUAAAAACUUAUUUGUUGCUCAUAGACGUUCACCAUCUGAUUUAACAAGUUUAAUGGCAGAACAAUAUGAAUUACAAAAACAACUUGAAUCAAAUAAAUUACAACAACAACAAUUGCUUUCAAAUCAAAAUUUUCAACAACAACCUCAACAAUAUUCAAGUCAUUCACGUUCUGGUUCAAUUAAUAAUCGUAGUGCUCCAGGUACUGCUCAUGGUCAUUCAAGAAGACAUAGUCUUGGUCUUGAUGAAGCAAAAAGAUUGGCGAAUGAUAAACGUAAUAAUAAAAAUUCUCCAACUAUUGAUUCAGCUGUUAGCACAACACAAAAUUUCACUUUUCCACCUCAAGAAAAUAUUCUUCAAAGUCCAAGACAUGGUCAACAACAACAACAACAAUCAUUUAAAUUUCCACCUCCACCAAAUUCCGAAAAUAAUUUAAUGCCACCACCCACUAUUAAUUUUCAAUCACCAUCUCAUAAUAGAAAAGGAUCACAUUAUAGAUCAAAUUCACGUGGUGGUGGGGGUGCUAAUAUGGACAUAAACUGGAGAUCUCCACAACAACAGCAACAACAACCGCAACAACAACAACCGCAACAUAAACAAUCUUCAAGUCUAUUAGAACCUCCUUUAAAUUUUGUUCCUGGACAUAGAUCAAGAAAUUCAUCAUAUGGAGGUUCAACUUCAAGUUUACAACAAUUUUUACCAAAUCAACAAAAUAAUAAUCAACAAGGUAAUACUCGUAAAAGUUUAUUUGCACCAUAUUUAGCUCAAGCAAGUUUACCAGAUUUAAUCAAUGAAGGAAGAUUGGUUACAGGUACAUUAAGGGUUAAUAAAAAGAAUAGAUCUGAUGCAUAUGUUUCAACUGAUGGUUUAUUAGAUGCUGAUAUUUUUAUUUGUGGUUCAAAAGAUCGUAAUCGUGCAUUAGAAAAUGAUUUAGUUGCAGUUGAAUUAUUAAUUCCAGAAGAAGUUUGGGAAUCAAAGAAAGAAAAAGAAGAGAAAAAGAGAAGAAAAGAUAAUACUUUCCCUUCUAGACCCCUUACUGAAGAUAUUCAUAAUGAUGCUACUUCAAAUGAUAGUCAAGAAAAAGAAUUACCUUCUGAAUUACAUCGUCAAGGUAGUCUUAAAACAAGACCUACUCUUAAGAAAAACGAUGAUGUUGAAGUUGAAGGACAAUCGUUAUUAUUGACAGAAGAAGAAGAAAUUAAUGAUCAACUCAAACCUUUGUAUGCUGGUCAUGUUGUUGCUGUUGUUGACCGUAUCCCUGGUCAAUUAUUUGCUGGUACAUUAGGUUUAUUAAGACCUGCUCAAGCUGCUCAAGCUGCAAGAGAUAAGAAAAAUGGUACUGACUCAUCAGUUGUGACUCCAAAAAAUCCAAAAAUCGUUUGGUUUAAACCAAUUGAUAAAAAAGUUCCAUUAAUAGCAAUACCAACUGAACAAGCACCAAAAGAUUUUGUUGAAAAUAAUGAAAAAUAUUCUAAUCAAUUAUUUGUUGCUUCAAUAAAAAGAUGGCCAAUUACUUCCUUGCAUCCAUUUGGUACUCUUGUUUCAAAAUUGGGUCCAAUUGAUUCACCAGAUACUGAAGUUGAUAGUAUUUUAAGAGAUAAUAAUUUCUUAUGUGAUGAAUAUCCAGAUGAUAAUGAAGGAGUUACUACAAAUGUUUAUGAUUUACCCGAACCGAUUUUUGAAAAUAGAGUCGAAUAUUUAAAUGAUUAUAUAAUUGCAUUUACACAAAAUGGAGAGUUUACAGACAUUGCUUUACAUGUUAAAAGAACUUCCAAUACUAAAAUAGAAUUAGGUGUUCAUAUUGCUGACGUUUCAUAUUUUAUCAAACCAGGUUCUCCAUUAGAUAGAAAAUCCAAGAAAAGAUCUUCAUCAGUUUUCUUACCUCAAAAAUCAGUCCAUCUUUAUCCAAAACAAGUUAAUAAAUUAAUUUCGUUCAAAGAAAAUGAAAAAAAUUUAGCAAUAUCUGUUGUUUUUGAAAUUGAUACAACAAAUUUUGAAGUUGAAGAUUUAUAUAUUCAUGAAUCAGUCAUUGUACCAAAACAAUUGGUUAGUUUUGAUUCAUUUGAUCAAAUUCUUGAAAAUAAACCAAUUGAAGGGAUUUCAUCUGCUACAUCUGACUAUAUUAAAACACUUAGUUUAAUUUCUAAAGAAUUUAGACGUCAUCGUUUAGAAAAUAGAUCUUUGGGUAUUGAACCUAACUUAACAUUACUUGAUCAAUUGGAUGAUGAAAAAGUAAGACUUAAUUUAAACAUUUUCAAAGAUUCUUUAGCGUUUGAUGUCAUUUCAGAAAUUAUUCAUAAAGUAAAUCAUGCAAUUGCUGUUAAGAUUCAUUCAAAAUUAGGUGAUCAAGCAUUUUUAAGAAGACAUCCAUUACCAACAUUACAAAAGAUGGAAACAUUUGUCAAAAAAGCAAACAAUUUAGGAUUCAAAGUUGAUACAACAACUUCAGCAACAUUACAAAAUUCGAUAUUACUGAUUGAUGAUCCUGUAAAAAGACAAUGUGUUGAAACAUUAUUAUUUAAAUGUAUGUCAAGAAGUAAAUAUUAUGUUGCUGGUAAACAAGAUAGUGAUACUUAUUUCCAUUAUUAUUUCAAUUUACCUUUAUAUACUCAUUUUAAUGCACCAUUAAGAAGAUAUGGUGAUUUAAUAGUUCAUAGACAAUUAAAACAAGUACUUUCAAACCAAUUUGAGGAAAAAGAUUUGGAUUCAUUGAAAGCUGCGGCUGAUUAUUGUAAUUUCAAAAAAGAUUGUGCAUCACAAGCUCAAGAACAAGCAAUUCAUUUGUUAUUGUCACAAACUAUUAAUGAAGUUAGUGAAUCUGCAGGUCAAUUAUUAUGUAUGGGUACAGUUGUACAAGUUUAUGAAUCUUCAUUUGAUGUUUUUAUUUCAGAAUUUGGUAUUGAAAAAAGAGUUCAUGGAGAUCAGUUGCCUUUAGUUAAAGCAGAAUUUGAUAAAACAAAUAGAAUUUUAGAAUUAUAUUGGGAAAAAGGUGUUGAUGUUGCAACUUAUAUUCCACAAGAUGAAAAAUCUUCAUUAAGUUAUCGUAAUUCAAUUAAAAAUAAAUAUCGUACAAGUUCACUAGAAGCUGCAAAAUUACAAAAUAAAACAAUUUUGGAUAUUUUUAAAACAGAUUCUAUAAUUGAAAAAUUAUCAAAAUUAAAUUUAGAACCACCAAAAUUGUUAAUACCACAAUUGAAACAAAAUUAUGAAAAAAAUUCAAAAUCAAUGCCAAAUUCUCCAACUCAAGAAGUUCCAAAGAAUUUAAGAACAAAUUCAUCAUCAGUUGUAGCUGAAGAAUCUGAAAAAGGUUUAGCACCUUAUAUACAAGAUGUAACAACUAAAAUUGAAGGUGAAAAUCACAUUCAAGUUAUUAAAGAAUUAAGUCAAGUACCUAUUUUACUUAGAGCUGAAAUUGGUUUGGCAUUACCUUGUCUUACCGUAAGAGUUUUAAAUCCAUUUACCGAAUAG